AACUAUUUGUUUUUUUGCCGGAUGUAUACUAUACUUGACACCGAUCAUAUUAUAAAAUAUGUCAGUUUGACACAGUAACCUGUUUCGUAAUCUUGUCAUGAUGUAUAAAAGUGAAGAUUUACGCCCAUUCUCGCAUUCUCUGUUGGACAGCUCACCGGUGAUCGACAAUGCAGACUUUAGUGAUGAUCGUUUUGAUGUUAAGGAUCUCCCAAGCGCAGACUGACUGGCCACAGAUAAAAGAAAAAAUCGAUACAUUAGUAAAUGAACUCCUUGAAUGCAAGGGAUUGAUCGGGAUGAAUCUGGCAAUUGUCAAAGACGGCGAAACUCAGUACACGACAGGCUACGGCUACGCAGACUUGGAAAAUCAGGUUCCUAAUGAUGGCGAGACGAUACAUCAGAUUCAAUCCAUCAGCAAGUCGAUAGCUGUGACGCUAUUUGCCACGGUGAUAGAAGAGACAGGAAUAUCGUGGGAAUCAUUGAUCACAGAUCUGUUGCCGACCUUUCGAUUCCAAGAUGAGGUGAGAAACAAGGCGUUAAAGUUGCGAGAUUUGCUCGGUCACGUAACUGGAUUUCCCGAGAGGUUAAACGGGCCGUCCGGUACAAAGGAAGAGUUUAUCGAGGUGAUCCAAUGCAGUGAACCAGUGAUGACGUUGCGUGAAAGUUUCUGCUAUGUAGACAAAAAUUAUUUCCUUGCUGGUGUGAUACUUGAAUAUCUAACGGGUAAACCCUAUUCACAGUUAGUGAAUGAACGCAUCUAUGGCCCAUUGAAGAUGAACUCGUCAUUUCCAACCUACGCUGGCAUGUAUGAUGACUCCCUUGGCAAAUGGGCCUAUUCUUAUUAUUUAAAAGAUGGGGAGGUCACUCGCAGUAUAGAACCUGUACGCGAUAAUGACGAAAUUGAGUUAAGAGCGCCAGCAUCCGGAGCUAUGGCAACGGCUGAGGAUAUGGCGGAAUAUAUGAAGUUCCAUCUCGGGGCGUAUAGAAACGAUGGAUCCACCAAUCCAGUUGUAGACCCAGAAAUAUUGAGGGAAAUGUACAAAUCAAAUCAAGCCAUUAACUUUUUCACAUCGUUCCUUGAGAUUGACGGUCUCGAGGAUUUCCCAGAAACGUGGAGAAUAUAUGACUAUGGCAUGGGAUUUUGGAUUGGCAAUUAUAGAGACACUGAUCUAAUACAACACGGUGGUUACUCGAGCCAAAAUACCGUUCUGACGAUGUUCGAAUACUGGAACAUUGGCAUCUAUACAACGAUAAAUGGACCAGUUAGACUCGAGGCUCAUGCUGCGAUGACAUUGAUUCAUUUUUAUAUUGCAGACAUCCUUCGAGGCAAUUCUCCUCCCUAUGAUAUCGAAUACGCUUGUGCAUACUCUCUCCCUGAUAAAUACGGUGCAUAUUGCGGGCCUUUCAACAUAUAUCCCGAUUAUAGCAUCGACAAAGCAAAAAACUCAAGCUCUCCCAUUGAAACCUACAUUGGAACAUAUGGUAAAGGAGACGAAGAAGUCGAAAUUGAAGUUGAUCCUGUUACCCCUUACUUAGUGAUGACGAAGGGUUGUGAAAAGUACAACCUCUAUCCGAGCGGUGUGGCUAACUCCUUUGUUGCCGAAUCAAAAGGGGAAUGUUUUGGUUGUGCUAAAAGUGUUGUAUUUUCAAGCUUAUCAUCGCUUGAGGGUUUCUCAAGUCUGAGUAUAGAUGGCGUUAUUUUUCGAAACUCCAAGAUAAGUUCUGAGAGAGAAUGCGAUUAA